AGGAACAGAAGCUUGCAGAACUGUCAGAGAAGGCAAGUGGGUGAAACAGGAUUGUAGGUUAUCUGUCUUGUUUGCUUCGAGUUGCGUUUUGUUUUGAAUUAAGUCUGUAAGGACAUUGCAAUGGUUUCCUUUCCAUCUUUGCAACAUGCUCUUAUUUUCAUUCUCCUGGGGGGCCUCGGGGCUUUAGCCUUGGACAAAUACACUGCAGCAGUCUAUGAGCAUGCAGUCAUACUGGCAGAAACCACAGAGAAGCCUGUUUCCCCUGAAGAUGCCUUGAAAUUGAUGAACCAAAAUAUGGAUGUCUUAGAAGAUGCCAUCCAAAAGGCAGCAAAGCAGGGUGCACACAUCAUUGUGACUCCAGAAGAUGGCAUAUAUGGAUUUUUUUUCACUCGAGAAACAAUGUAUCCUUACCUUGAGGACAUCCCAGAUCCACAGGUCAACUGGAUUCCGUGUACUGACCCCAAAAGAUUUGGACCUGCUCCAGUACAAGAAAGGCUGAGCUGUCUAGCAAGGGACAAUUCGAUCUAUGUGGUUGCCAAUAUUGGGGAUAAGAAGCCAUGCAAUGACACAGACCCAAAGUGCCCUAGCGAUGGCCGCUAUCAGUACAACACAAAUGUUGUCUUUGAUUCAGAUGGAAAGCUGGUGGCACGAUAUCACAAGUUUAAUCUGUUUAUGGAGGAACAUCAGUUUGACUCCCCUAAAGAGCCUGAACUUGUAACCUUUGAUACUGCCUUUGGAAAAUUUGGCCUCUUCACUUGCUUCGAUAUCCUCUUCCAUGAUCCUGCCGUGGCCCUCGUUACCCAGCUCUCUGUGGACACCAUCCUUUUCCCUACAGCCUGGAUGAACGUCCUCCCCCAUUUAACUGCUAUCGAAUUCCAUUCAGCUUGGGCCAUGGCCAUGCAGGUCAAUCUUCUGGCAGCUAAUACUCACAGGCUUAGCAGGAAUAUGACAGGUAGUGGUAUCUACACACCAUCUGGAUCCCAAGCAUAUCAUUAUGAUGCAGAAUCGGAGAAUGGGCACCUUUUGGUUGCAGAAAUCUGUUCCCGUCGUUCUUGUUCUCCCACCUAUCUUCCUGCUAUUAACUGGAGCUUGUAUGCCACAACUAUUGAACAAUUCCCUGAGACCCAUACUUUCCCUGGAAUUGUUUUCCAUGAUGAAUUCACUUUAUCUAACCUCACAAAAGAAGCCGGCAAUCUUACAGUGUGCCAGAAGACUCUCUGCUGCCAUUUAAGCUACAGGAUGACAGACCAACGAGAAGAUGAACUUUAUGUGCUAGGGGCAUUUGAUGGCUUUCAUGUGGCCGAAGGAGAUUAUUACUUACAGAUAUGCACAUUGCUGAAGUGUGGAAGUACAGACCCUCAGAGCUGUGGCCAGUCAACCACUACUGCUCGUUCCCAUUUUGAUUUCUUUUCUCUCAGCGGCACGUUUAGCACAAACUACGUCUUCCCAGAGGUUUUACUCAGUGGGAUUCAUUUGGCCCCUGGAGGGUUUCAGGUUUUGAGUGAUGGACGACUGAUCAGUCAGAAUGGUACCUCUCAGGCACUUUUAACUGUGACACUUUUUGGGAGAUGGUAUGAGAAGGAUUCUCCACCUAUGCACAUUCACAGUAUAACCCUCUGAGCUAUGAGUAUGACGUUUCAGCAAAGCAGUUGCUUGAUACUUCGUUGUUUGAGUGGUCAUUAACCUUACAGGAAUGGAUAACUCAUCUGAAUAGCUGUGUAUUGAUGAUGGAUAUAUUGAUACUAUGUUUAAUGUUGGCUGACAAAUCGCAAGGAACACAAGUAUCUCAAAGUUUGUCCUAAUAAAGAUGCAGCAGUGUAAUAGUUCAUAGUUACUGAUUAGACUAUUCAUUAAAGCACACCACACAUACAAGGUUCCUGGAAGAAAAAUAGCUCGAAAUAAGGAUCCUCCUGGUUGUGCUGCAUAGUACUGAUUAGGGCAGAUAUUUGAAGCCACUUUAAAAUACAUCAAAUUGUUAGGAUUGUGGCUGUGCCAAAAGCACUUCAUAUCUUUGCGGGCCAGAUACAGACCCAGAAAUGACCCAGCCUGCCCCAGUUCAUUCUGGGGAUUGUUUAGUAAGAAUCAGUCCUCUAAUCAGAAGAUAUCCAAAAACCAGACUUCAGUCUUUCUGUAAUCAAGAAUGAGAAAAACUCAAACUGCUAUAGCAGCUUUGUUUUUCAUUAGUUUCAAUCAAGAAGUUGGCUGGGUUGACAUAUUGACCCUGGCUUAGAUUGUAAUGUGAAUCCCGCCAACGUUUUGACUGAAAAUAAUGAGCCAUGCUAGUCAACACUCACAUAGUUGACUGUGGCCUUCCCCCUACCCAGUGUCAGAUGCUCCUUAUUUGAGGCUGUUUUAAAAAUAAUCAUGUUCUAGGAGAGAGAGGACAUAUAUGUUUGUAGGAGUCUAAAAAUAUUGUCAUUUUAUCUAAGGCAAUCAAUUUGCUUUCCAAAUAAAUAUUGAGAAGAAUUUCUAAGUUGACAUGAGUAAGCCUUUCUGCUGUAUGAUCAUUAAUGUACAGAAAAGGGAACUAAGUAUGAAUGAAAAGGUAUGGUGAAACUAUGCUGAAGAAAAAGUGCCUAUAGGAAUAAGAGUACUAGCUUCAGAUUGA